AUGGCCAACUUGCAAAUUGUGUCAGAUCUCCACUUGGAGAAACCGGCUGCAUACGAUGUAUUUGAGAUUCCACCUAAAGCACCUUAUCUGGCACUCCUGGGUGACAUAGGUGUCGUUGCUGAUGAGGGGUUCUUCCCUUUCAUUGAGACUCAAUUACGACAAUUCAAAAUUUUUUUCUUCCUCCUUGGGAACCACGAGCCUUAUCACCUUACUUGGAAAGAGACCAGUCAAAAAAUACAUGAUUUUACGACAUCGAUAAAUGACAGACGUUCUGAGGAUAAUCCAUUCGGCAAAUUUGUCUUCCUAGACCAAACCCGAUUCGACCUGUCACCAAGUAUAACCAUUUUGGGAUGCACAUUAUUCUCCAGAGUCGCCGACCAGUACCGUGAGCAGACAGUUGAGGACCAUACUGCUGCCUACGAGGCCGAUCUUAAAUGGCUUAAUGACCAAGUCACACAAAUAACAAGCGAAGAACCCCAACACACUAUCAUUAUUUUCACACACCAUAGCCCUUUGGGUGGAGAUCCACGUGGUGCUGAUCCCAGACAUGUCAAUAGUCCGUUAUCAUCUGGAUUUGCAACGGACUUGUCGAUGGAAGAAUGCUGGAAGAAUCCGAAUGUUCGCCUGUGGGCUUAUGGACACACACACUACAAUAUUGACCUUCUGGAUGAGACAAAGGGUAAAAGGAUCAUGAGAAAUCAGCGAGGAUACUAUUUCUCAGGCUCAGAAUUUCAAUGUGGAAAAAUGUGUUCUUGUAUCGGAUUCUCCCCGGUAGAGAGAGCAUGCGAUCAUGAACUUACCAGUGAAAUCUAG